AUGCAUGACAAUCUUCUGAAGAGGAGGAAACAUACACUGUGCGAAAUAGCGUACAGAAAAACCAGGAGGUUUUGUUGCAAAUACAGUCCCACAGCCACCGAUAACUUUGACAGUAAACAUAGUCCCACAGCCACUGAUAACUUUGACAGUAAACAUAAUCCCACAGCCACUGAUAACUUUGACAGUAAACAUAGUCCCACAGCCACUGAUAACUUUGACAGUAAACAUAAUCUCACAGCCACUGAUAACGUUGACAGUAAACAUAGUCCCACAGCCACUGAUAACUUUGACAGUAAACAUAAUCCCACAGCCACUGAUAACUUUGACAGUAAACGUAAUCCCACAGCCACUGAUAACGUUGACAGUAAACAUAAUCCCACAGCCACUGAUAACUUUGACAGUAAACAUAAUCCCACAGCCACUGAUAACUUUGACAGUAAACAUAAUCCCACAGCCACUGAUAACGUUGACAGUAAACAUAAUCCCACAGCCACUGAUAACUUUGACACCACUGAUAACUUUGACAGUAAACAUAGUCCCACAGCCACUGAUAACUUUGACAGUAAACAUAAUCCCACAGCCACUGAUAACUUUGACAGUAAACAUAGUCCCACAGCCACUGAUAACUUUGACAGUAAACAUAGUCCCACACCUACUGAUAACUUUGACAGUAAACAUAGUCCCACAGCCACUGAUAACUUUGACAGUAAACAUAAUCCCACAGCCACUGAUAACUUUGACAGUAAACAUAGUCCCACAGCCACUGAUAACUUUGACAGUAAACAUAGUCCCACACCUACUGAUCACUUUGACAGUAAACAUAAUCCCACAGCCACUGAUAACUUUGACAGUAAACAUAAUCCCACAGCCACUGAUAACUUUGACAGUAAACAUAGUCCCACAGCCACUGAUAACGUUGACAGUAAACAUAAUCCCACAGCCACUGAUAACUUUGACAGUAAACAUAAUCCCACAGCCACUGAUAACUUUGACAGUAAACAUAGUCCCACAGCCACUGAUAACGUUGAGAGUAAACAUAAUCUCACAGCCACUGAUAACUUUGACAGUAAACAUAAUCCCACAGCCACUGAUAACUUUGACAGUAAACAUAAUCCCACAGCCACUGAUAACUUUGACAGUAAACAUAGUCCCACAGCCACUGAUAACUUUGACAGUAAACAUAGUCCCACAGCCACUGAUAACUUUGACAGUAGACAUAAUCCCACAGCCACUGAUAACUUUGACAGUAAACAUAAUCCCACAGCCACUGAUAACUUUGACAGUAAACAUAGUCCCAAAGCCACUGAUAACGUUGACAGUAAACAUAAUUCCACAGCCACUGAUAACUUUGACAGUAAACAUAAUCCCACAGCCACUGAUAACUUUGACAGUAAACAUAGUACCACAGCCACUGAUAACGUUGACAGUAAACAUAAUCCCACAGCCACUGAUAACUUUGACAGUAAACAUAGUCCCACAGCCACUGAUAACGUUGACAGUAAACAUAAUCCCACAGCCACUGAUAACUUUGACAGUAAACAUAAUCCCACAGCCACUGAUAACUUUGACAGUAAACAUUGUCCCACAGCCACUGAUAACUUUGACAGUAAAUAUAAUCCCACAGCCACUGAUAACUUUGACAGUAAACAUAAUCCCACAGCUACUGAUAACUUUGACAGUAAACAUAAUCCCACAGCCACUGAUAACUUUGAAAGUAAACAUAGUACCACAGCCACUGAUAACGUUGACAGUAAACAUAAUCCCACAGCCACUGAUAACUUUGACAGUAAACAUAGUCCCACAGCCACUGAUAACGUUGACAGUAAACAUAAUCCCACAGCCACUGAUAACUUUGACAGUAAACAUAAUCCCACAGCCACUGAUAACUUUGACAGUAAACAUUGUCCCACAGCCACUGAUAACUUUGACAGUAAAUAUAAUCCCACAGCCACUGAUAACUUUGACAGUAAACAUAAUCCCACAGCUACUGAUAACUUUGACAGUAAACAUAAUCCCACAGCCACUGAUAACUUUGACAGUAAACAUAGUCCCACAGCCACUGAUAACUUUGACAGUAAAUAUAAUCCCACAGCCACUGAUAACUUUGACAGUAAACAUAAUCCCACAGCCACUGAUAACUUUGACAGUAAACAUAAUCCCACAGCCACUGAUAACUUUGACAGUAAACAUAAUCCCACAGCCACUGAUAACUUUGACAGUAAACAUAAUCCCACAGCCACUGAUCACUUUGACAGUAAACAUAAUCCCACAGCCACUGAUAACUUUGACAGUAAACAUAGUCCCACAGCCACUGAUAACUUUGACAGUAAAUAUAAUCCCACAGCCACUGAUAACUUUGACAGUAAACAUAAUCCCACAGCCACUGAUAACUUUGACAGUAAACAUAAUCCCACAGCCACUGAUAACUUUGACAGUGAACAUAAUCCCCCAGCCACUGAUAUCUUUGACACCCCCAGCCACUUCAAGCCCAAUCCAAGCCUGAUGGAUGCCAGCCACUCUGGGGCCUGA